CAAGCCCAAACAAAACCCCACCUCUCAGACACACCCCGGCCGGCGCCGCCUCCGCCUCCGCCUCCGCUACCCUCACCACUGCGCACCACAUCCUCGCGGCAGUAGCAGGCGGUGACGCCCCGGCGACCCCAAUGGCGGCAGACUGGUCGUGGGCGCGCAGGGCGUGGGAGAAGUGGGCCGCGAAGCAUGUCGGCCCCUCUGGGAAGCCAAUCCAGGCCGCACUGCUGCUCAACAACGACCCCUCCGGGCCAUCUCGGCUCCUUCCCGUUGUAGCAGAGCAAGAGAGAACACAACUUUCAGCUCUUGAUAUGCAACCAUUCCUGGACUUUGUCAAGAGGGGCAAUCUGCAGACUGAAUUCUUCUCCGUUGGGCCAAACCAAUAUUUGGUCACCUCAAUCCAUGAAAACUGGUUUUGUGCCCGUUGUGUUAACAGCAUAAAGUCAGGAGGUGAAGGAGUAAUAGUUAUGCAGAUUGGAGCUUACUUGUUAGUCUCUAUGUAUGAUGGUUCUCUUGCUUCGGCUUCACAAGCAAUGGUGGCUGCUGAUCAGUUUGCCAUUCAGUUUAACCGGAGGAGUCACUAAUUUCCAGUAUAAUUUCAUGAGUGAUGUUGACCCAUAAUUUGUUAUUGUUUGGGAUCAUAGUGCUAAAAUGCAGUAGAUGACCUUUGUAACUUGCAAUGUACUAUUUUCUUGGGUCUGUAGUUAUGCUAAUGUAAUAGCCAAUAUUGGUUGUUAUACUGAUGUUCCUAGUGUGAGGCUGAAGAAGCUCAUGUUGAAUUUGUGUUUCCAAAGCAUUCAAAAGCUUAAAAGGGACAUUUGUUUUGUAGCCUAUUUCUAUGUCAGUUCAUGCAAAACUGUAGAAGAUUUGAAAUCCUUUGAUUGAGAAAAAUGUAUAUAGAAAAAUAUUACAUA